CGUCUGCAGGCUCAGAUCCCUCUUCCUCGUCGCCAUUCCCCCACGCUCCCACCGCCAUGGCCAGUGGCGCACAUUAUUCGUCCGAGCCGGAGCAGGACGACGUCGGGUUCAGCACAGUGGGAACAACGCCGACACCCAGUGCAGUCCAGGGUUCCAGAGGGCCGCUGUACCGUACCGUGAGCCACAGCUCUCAGUGGUCCGUCCCCGAGACCCCCUCCCAUCACCUCCAGGGUACGUCCUACUUCACACAGCGCCCCGCAUCGCCCACCCCACGCCGCGUGCACUCCGCGAACCCCAGUGCUGCCGGCAGGAACGUAUCCAUUAGCUCGACCACCAGGCGGAGAGGCGCGCGCAGCACGAGCGUCACAAGUUCGCAUGCCACGACGAGAGGGUACAACGAUGACGGGCAGCCCCUCAACGAGGAGAACGAGGAUGUGUCGGGCUCUGCUGAUGAGCACGAGGACUCGUCAGGCGAGGGCACUCCGCAAGCGGGUGACGGACGCGCGGCCGAUGACGAUGAGGACGAGGACCGCGAGGAGGACCCGAUAACGCUCAGGGACAGGCAGUCGCUCAUCAAUGUCGAGCAUCCCUUCGGUCUGCCCAUCUGGAAGCCGGCGUUGUACAAGAAGCAACGUUCCGUGACCAAAUACGCCGACCAGGCGCUGCAUUCGAUACCUAGUGCUCAGGCGGAGCGCCAUCUCCUGCCAGGCAACAUCUUCUGGCUUGUCGCGUUUGGGUGGUGGCUCGCUGUCAGCUUCUUCGCCGUCUCAGCUUUUCUCUACCUUAUUCCCAAAGGCGGCCGACGCUUCUCGACCCUCAUAUUCGGUCUCGGAUGGUACAUUGCAUGGCCCUUCGGGAAGUACGUAGAGGGCGAGCUCGGCGCCCUCCCUGAUGAUGAGGAACAAGGUAUCCCCCCCGGCUCUGCUGCGACAGAGCAGUUCUCUUUCCCCGAGAAUGUCCAUGCGGCGGGGAGUUCCCAGAAUUCUGCCUCUGCACAAUCGACAAUAACGCCUAGGACUGGCAUCAUCCAUGAGCCCAGCUCAGAGUCUUGGGCUGCAGUACCGACCGCGACGACAUCUCUUCUCGGGCGUUCGAAUGGCAAUUCUUCUCGUCCUUCUGUUCGUCCAGCAAAGUCAUACGGCGCCACUGUCUCCGGUGCCUAUGGCGUUGAUAUCUCCGCGGACAAGGAGGCAGAGUACUGGCUAGGCAAGGCAUGCUUCUGGCUCGCGCUCAUCACGAUCAUUGCUCCCCUUCUUCUCCUGGUCUCACUCGUGUGCUGGUUCUUCAUAUUCACCAUCCCCAUGGCGAGGCUCAACUGGGCACUCAUCAAGCACCUCUACGAGCAUCCAACGUCAAUCCGCUUCUGUGCAGCGCCGAUAAUCCCUAUAGUCCACGAGGACGAAGUUGUACGUGAGGGUGAGGAAGGCCGAGAUGUGGAGGCGACUCCGGUAGCCUUCAAGCAUGCCAGGUUGUCCGCCGGCCAAGCCGCCCCGUCCGGCUCACCAACCUCAACCGUCCUUCUGUGUACCUACAGGGCGUGGGGUUGGAAGUACUACAAGUACACGGUCGGUGGUGUCAACAUCAUCUUCGUCAACCUACUCCCAUUCGUAUUGUUCGCUAUCUUAGACGGCAUUGUCCUCCUGCCUCUGGUCGAGCGUCGCGAGCAUCAGGGAAAGCACGUUCCUGCCUUCCUUGCCUUCAUCACCUCUCGUGCACUCAUCUUCGUGAUGAGUCUGGCGUCCGUCAUCCCGCUUUCGUACUUCAUCGGCAUGGCCGUCGCGUCUAUCUCGGCCCAGUCGUCCAUCGGUAUGGGUGCAGUCAUCAACGCGACUUUCGGUUCCAUCAUCGAGAUCAUCCUCUACGGCAUCGCCCUCACGCAAAGCAAGGGCCACCUAGUCGAGGGCUCCAUCGUUGGUAGUUUGCUCGCCGGUGUGCUCUUGAUGCCGGGUAUGAGUAUGGUCAGCGGUGCGCUGAGGAGGAAGGAGUUGAAGUUUAACGCGAAGAGUGCCGGCGUUACCAGUAUGCUGCUCAUCAUGGCGUUCAUCGGUACCAUCGCUCCGACCUUGUUCUACCAGACAUACGGCAGUUUCGAGCUCAUCUGCGACGGAUGCUCGUCUCACGACGGAUCGUCUUUGACCAAGCCUUGGGUUUGCCAGCACUGCUAUUACAAGCACCCUGAUCCGGUGGAUGACCCCUUCUAUCAGUCCACGGUCAAGAGUCUGAUGUUCUUCUGUGCUGUUGUGCUCCUUCUCUCGUACCUUAUUGGUCUGUGGUUCUCGCUGCGCACACAUGCCAGUCAGAUUUGGCAGAACCCUCAGCAGCUCUUGCAAUCGCAUGAGAUCGUCGCUCCGAACAGCCGUCUAUCCCUGUACCAUCGCCUACUCCCUGGCAAGCACAGCCUGCACCACAAGCCCAGCAUUAUAACUACACACACAGUCGACAGCGAAUUACCGUCGCGGAGCGAGACCCCGGUUCCUCGCAUAAACGAGCCCAUCACAACCUCCGAAGCACAACCAUCGACUGUGCACCCUACUGUGCCUUCUCCUCUCGCCCAUACAGGGGUCGCCCGUCGCAUCUCGUAUGCGAACCCGCCGGCCGUCAACGGUCCAGGAUACACUCCCAUCAUGGAGAGCGUAGACCAUGCAAUCAAGGACUCAGGCAUCCAACCACUUGAGCUACCAGGUAGCCUCACCACGGACGAGUUCACGCGCGCCGUCGCCGUCGCCACCGUGAGCGCGCUAAGGCACCAGAACCAGGCGCGCUCGCCUGCGCGGCUGCGGACGUCGGGCGCGGAGAUGGAUGCGGGGCAUGGAGGGCACGACGCGCCGUCGUGGAGCCGGACGACGAGUGCGAGCGUACUAUUGGCUUGUACGGCGCUAUAUGCGAUCAUCGCUGAGAUCUUGGUCGAUGUCGUCGACGUCAUCCUGGAGGGCUCUGGGAUUGACGAGAAGUUCCUCGGGGUCACGCUGUUUGCGCUUGUGCCGAACACGACGGAAUUCAUGAAUGCCAUCUCGUUCGCUAUGAACGGCAACAUCGCGCUUAGUAUGGAAAUCGGGUCUGCGUACGCGCUCCAGGUCUGCCUGCUCCAGAUCCCCGCCAUGGUCGCUUUCUCUGCUUGGUACGCCCCGGAGAGGAUGGGGUCUGUUGCGGAAACUUUCACGCUGAUUUUCCCUCGUUGGGACAUCGUCGCGAUCAUCCUGUCGGUGUUCUUGAUGACCUACACCUACAUCGAGGCAAAGAGCAACUAUCAUCGUGGUAGCAUCCUCAUCCUCUCCUACCUCGUGUUGUUGUCCGGCUUUUACUACGCGCCGAACCGUUCCGACGAGGACGAGUUGAUGGCUGGUUGGUUCCAGCCGUUCGCGCAAUCACUCGGCUCAUUCUUUUCUCCUCGCUGAGCUGAGCAGCUCAGCUUGACCUUAAACAUACACACAUCCCCAUGCCCUCGUUGGGUGAUACAUAUACCAUGAUUCGUUACCGCGUCACGAUCUUCGACUUGCCAAAGUGUUCCCUCUCUUCCAGGAUUCGACAACCCCAAACCAUACGUUAUGCUUUGUCUCCGUACAUCCGAUGCCGAUCCUCGUCUCUCCCUCUCAAUAGCUACAUAAUCGACCGUCUCGCAAGUCGAUUGGACAAUGCAGUCAUGUCGCUCUCACAGCUUCACAUCACCUCGUAGUUAUGUAUCGCCAAUGUAUCCGGACUAAUACUUAGCUUUUCCGCGUACGAUCCC